GCAGCAUAACUGCUAACGUUUAGCACAGAAAACGAUCUCUGUCCGCUUAAACGAGCGACAAUCAAUCAAGGUGCAGCGCUAAAAUGAUCGCCGCGGCUAAUCACCGCUUAAAUCUCUCAUAAAUAAAUCCAGUAUGAUACAUUAACUGGGAUCUACGAAUGUACUGGUCUGAUUCCUGAUCCUCGACACGUUACGCUUGAGUCGGAAAAGUCAAACGCCACGGUGAUGACAAACUACGCCGCAUUAGCAAGUAUCAUCAGCGAGAGGCUAAUCCUCGCCGUCCUCACCAGCGUUUGAUCUACAAUCAUCAAACAAAAAGAUCAAAGGGUUCUGAUUCACAGACAGACAAGACGAGGUGGACGAUGGAGAACAUGAAGCUGGUGGCUGUGGUCACUGCGCUGACCGCCCUCGCCUGCAUGGUUAACGGAAUGUCCUUUACCCUGGACAAGGAACAGUGGACGUCCAAGAACUGGGAGGAUGAACCUCUGAUGGGAAGGUUAGCGAGUGAGGUGGAAGGUUUCAUCAAGAGAUCUAAAGCUCAUCACUUCUACGGUCUGAUGGGGAAGCGAAGCGGAACUGAAGGUGGACGUUUUGCUGGACUUGUGGGCAGGAGGUCUUUGACCGGAGGCACGUUAACGAGGAUAACCCCGGACGAGACGAGUCUGGAAUCAGAGAAGCAAUCAGGGUCUCAAGAGGGACUGGACGAGCUUCAGUACUACUGACGACCGUCACUGUUUAUUCAGGAAUAAAAAAGCGACUUUUCGGCUUAACGGUACAAAAAAAUCUGCGCAUGAAGAUUUCUAACGUGAUUUAUCUAACGAUAAAUAGAAGAGACGUCUUCAAA